ACAGAAACGUUUCUUAUAUUCUACUAGUAGAUGACAAAAUGUAGGCAUAAACUAUAUAAUGUAUGAAGCCUGACAAAGGCUAAAAGACCAUCUCCAAGUGGCUUGAUGAUCCUGUGCCAACAGCUGCAAAUAUUACCAAGAAGUUUAAGGUCCAUGGCACUGUAGCCCACCUCCCCGGAUACGACCACAAGCGGAAAAUCGACCCCAGAAUGAGCAGAAGGACAGUGAGAAUGGCAGACGAAAAGCCAAGGAGAGCUUCCAAAAAAGAUACCAACUGGGUCAAGGUCCAUCAGAGUCUGAUCACACCAUCUGUCACUGUUUGAGUAACAGUGGGCUCAAUAAUAGUCCAGGAGGACUCCACUGUUGAAAGACAACCAUAAAACGCCAGCCUGGAGUUUGCUGAAAUGCAUAUUGACAAGCCGCAAUGCUUCUGAGAGAAUGUCCUUUUGGACAGAGGAGACCAAACUGCACGUCAGUUCCGUGUCCACUGAUAAACAAAUGAAGCCUUCAAAGAACAGAACACCAGACCUACUGUGACUGCCUGGGGUUGACAGUUUCCCCCCCUCUGUAUGCACUUUGGUAUAGGAUUUAUAAAAGCAGCAUUAACGUUUGUGAUGCGCCAUCUGUUGGAAUGACAGAUGCAAUGCAUAUGUCACUGUUAUAUCCUAUUUGCUAUGGAAUUCCAGUGCUAAAGUUUGUGAUGUACUGCCUGUUGAGUUAUUCUGGGUACCGCUGGCCUUUGGAACUCCGGUUUAGACUCCAGGUGCCCUCAAUCUCUUUUCGGUUCAGUGCUGACUCUGAAUUGCCAUUUUGGGAGUGAGUGGGGGUUUUGCUUUAAGUGUGCACUGUGAUGGCUUACCUUUCAGCCCGGGGUGGGUUCCUGCUUGUCACCUUUGUUUUCACUUUGACACUUUUUCUGUUUCUCAGUGUCAAAAAAGCCACAUUAAGUCCAACACUGUAGAACAAUCAAAUGUGAGAACUUCCAGGGGGCUGAGGACGUUUUCUAGGUGCUGUACCUUGAAUUUGAGAUGCACGCUGGCUGCCUGUGACCCUGAAUUGCAUUUAGCAGGUUCAGCAAAGUGAUGUGUCAAAAAAGCCACAUUAAGUCCAACACUGUAGAACAAUCAAAUGUGAGAACUUCCAGGGGGCUGAGGACGUUUUCUAGGUGCUGUACCUUGAAUUUGAGAUGCACGCUGGCUGCCUGUGACCCUGAAUUGCAUUUAGCAGGUUCAGCAAAGUGAUGCUGGAUCCCCCCCCUUCCCCAUGCCCACCAGGAUGGCAGCUGCUGAGCCCCUGACAGUUCUGUCACGUUGGUACCUCUACGCCAUUCACGGCUACUUUUGCGAGGUGAUGUUCACAGCUGCCUGGGACUUUGUGGUCAACUUAAACUGGAAGUUCCCCGGGGUGACGAGUGUGUGGGCGCUUUUCAUUUAUGGUACCUCAAUCCUGAUUGUGGAGAAGAUGUAUCUCCAGCUCAAGGAUCGCUGGCACAUCAUUGUGCGCUGCGUGAUCUACACGCUUUGGACCUACGCCUGGGAGUUCAGCACUGGCUUCAUCCUGCGGCAGUUCAACGCCUGCCCAUGGGAUUACUCUCAGUUUGAAUAUAACUUUAUGGGCCUGAUCACUCUGGAGUACGCCAUCCCGUGGUUCUGCGCCUCCCUCAUUGUGGAGCAGCUCGUUAUCAGGAACACGCUGAGGCUGCGUUUCGAUGAGAAAGCCGAACCUGGGGCCCCGCUACUGCCGAACAGCACGGCGAAUGGCUACAUCAAGACUGACUGAGUGAGGCGCUUCAGCGUCUCUGCUUAGGCAGGAGCAAUAAGCCCAUCAGACUCAAGAUUUUUAUAUUUCACAAGUAUUGGGUUCCAGACUAUGAAAAGGGAGGAGAUGGAAACAGCGGUGGGAUGAGGAAGUGGACCUCCUGAUUGGCCCACGCAGGUGUAUUUGUAAAUUGGCUAGGAAUGAAAAUCUAAUAUUGCUUGAGCUUGGAAGGGAUGGUAUAAUAUGGAUGUAUUCCAAAAUAAUAUAUGCACUGGCAUAUGUAUAUAUAUAUAUAUGAUUUAUAUUUUAGAAAAAAAAAAAAAAGUGUUAUUCUGAUGAGAUAUCCUGAAAUUUGGACUUUCACCAUUGAAUUGGCCAUUUUAAUGUGUGCUGUGACAUCACUUCAUCCCAAAGGAAUGCCUUCUAAAUUGACUGCAAUUUUAUUUCAUUCGUUUCUCCAUUGCCAUUCAGAGAGAUUGUUGAAGUCCUCAAAUGCAUGACGAGUCGCUGUCUCCUCCUUCCUGCUUAGAUAAGAACUCUGUUUCCAAUGGUUCAGAAUGCCACUAUUUCUUUGUUUAAUAGUCGGCACUGCGAGAGUGAGCAGAACUAGAAAAAAAAAAAAAAAAAAAUUUUUUUCAAUUUGCAAGAUGUACAGU